AUGGUGGCCGAACAGAGGGGACGUCCCGGUCGCAUCGAACGGCAACGAUCGUGCUCCUCCGAAGCAGCGUUCGAGCAACAGCAGCGCUCGUCGGGAAGUCAGCUCAUCGUCGUAGCGAACCGGUAAGCGAACUGAGCGUCCUUGGCUUCGAGGGGGCUUCUCACUGGCCUCUGUUGUGCUGACUUCACGUGCAAUUCUAACUACCUCUUUCGGUACUCGUCAACCGCCGCGCGUUGCCGCGGGCGUUGCUGCAAUUCCGUCAACGCUCUCCACUCAAAUCGGAACAUCCGCCCUCGCCUCCUCGAUUGUGGAUCAAGACUGCCGGUCUCUGUGAUUGCCGACCCGACUGCUGAGGGCGGUUACCGCUUUGUCCCGUCCAGUGGGGGGCUCGCCUCGGCGUUAUCGGGGUGCAAGAAACGCAUGGAUUUCGUGGUGAGUCACGGCUCCGAGGACAUGGACGAAUGGCUCGUCUGCCGUCGGAGCAGCGCCUUCGGCUACUGGAUGGAAUUCAGGCGCUGCGCCGUCGCAAUCCGAAGCAUCGAGGGUUUUGACUUGCCACAAGCCUCCACUAUUGAGCAUGCAAAUUCCUGGUGCUGACUCCGCGCUUCUUGCCUGCUUGAAAUUUGUGUCAUCGCGCAUGAUCACACAGUGGAUCGGCUGGCCAGGUAAGCAAGCGUCCAGCAUUGGCCGGGGCACAUGCAGCGGUCCUGCAGGACAGGCGUACUAAUCCUCGAAUUUUCUGGGGUUUCGGGGCACUCCAGGUUUUGAUGUUCCUGAAGUCGAUCGAGACUUCAUCACCAAGAAACUGCAGACCGAAUUUUCCUGCAGCCCCGUGUAUUUGUCGGCGGAGGUAGCUGAGCGUUACUAUAAUGGUUUUUCAAACAGCAUCCUCUGGCCCCUAUUUCACUGUAAGUCUCGCUGCGGAGCCAAACUCUUCACUGGUCGUUGCAGCGUACGAAUGCAUUUUGAUGCGUUCUUACUCCAGAUCAUCCGGGAGAGAUGUCCUUCGACGAAACCGACUGGCUCGCUUACAGGCAAGCAAAUUUAUUGUUCGCGGAGACUGUGCAAAAGCUCGUGCAGUCCGGCGAUAUUGUUUGGGUUCAAGGUGAGCUACCUGAUGCUCAUAUACCAGGCAACGAAUCUACUGAUAAUCCGGGAUGCCUUCGGCUUCUAUCUUGCCUAGACUACCACCUAUGUCUCGUCCCGCUCUUUCUGCGCGAUCUGCUUGGCCGAAGUCCCGCGUCGAUGGGGGAGGACGCGCAAGGAAGCGUUGCUGGCAUGUUUCAGGGUCUGACCCUAGGACCACAAGCGGCCUCUCCUAGGCCGGGAAGCGAAGAACCGACCGGAGUGAACGGGACACACAGCCGCACUGUGAUCUCGCAAGUACAGAUUGGGUUUUUCCUUCACACGCCGUUCCCGAGUUCUGAAGUCUUCCGGUGAGCCUUGCAGGUUUGAGCCAACGUAAUGUAGGCCAUGAACUGACACUAGAAUUCUGGACGUCACAUGAGUGUUCUGCCUGUCCGGCGGGAAAUUCUCCUUGGAAUGCUCAAUUGCGAUCUCAUCGGCUUUCACACCUACGACUACGCUCGACACUUCUUGUCCAGCGUAUCUCGGUUACUGGGGCUCAGGUCUUUACCCAACCGUCAGUUUCGCCCUCAUUGACCUUUGUGUCUGUAGACGUGGAAGUCUCCCUGACAAACUGAACCACACUGCAGGCGUCGAGUUAGUGGGCCGACAUGCCACCGUGGGGACGUUUCCCAUCGGCAUUGAGCCGAGCACGUUUUUCGAUGUAUGCCAGAUUUGCCUGUGUCGGAUAUUCCCCUCAACAGCUGACAUGGUCUGCCACCCCUGGUCGGCCCCGCAGUGCCUCUCGCGCGAUUCGGUUGUGCAACGCAUCGCUGCGCUACGCCGCCGUUUCGAGGGCGUCAAGAUCAUCGUCGGUGUUGAUCGCUUGGACUACAUCAAAGGCGUUCCGCAAAAACUUCUUGCGAUGGAGGAGUUCCUAGAUGAUCAUCCUGAAUGGAUCGGCAAAGUUGUAUUGGUCCAGGUCGCGGUUCCAUCCCGUCAAGACGUCGAAGAGUAUCAGAACUUGCGUGCCUCGGUCAAUGAACUCGUUGGCCGCAUCAAUGGACGCUUUGGCACAGUCGAAUUCAUGCCUAUACAUUUCAUGCACCGCAGCAUCCCCUUCGAGGAGCUCACAGCUCUGUAUGCAGUCAGCGAUGCGUGUCUGAUCACGUCAACAAGAGACGGAAUGAAUCUGGUCAGUUGAAUUUCCUCAGGCCCAUUUGCAGUUUUGAAGUUUGACCUCACGCGGCUCAAACUUCCCAGGUCGCCUACGAAUAUGUUGCCUGUCAGCAAGAGCGUCACGGAGUGCUUAUCUUGUCUGAAUUCGCGGGUGCUGCUCACUCGCUCAAUGGUUCCCUCAUCGUAAACCCUUGGAACACUGGAGAAACCGCCGCAGCGAUCAAUCGCGCCAUGACCAUGGACACCGCCACUCGACAGAAGAACCACAGUCAGCUAUUCCGAUACGUCAGCAAAUACACAGCUGCACAUUGGGUCAGUGGAGCGCAAUGGCAGAAGCUCGUGAUGAAGUGCUCUGAUGCACAACUCCCACCCAUCCCGUCCCCAGGGCACAGAGUUUGUUGCAGAGUGAGUUAGAAUGACGCCACGGCGCCUUCCUCUAUAAGUUUGUUGUGACUGAUAAAAUGCUCAAUUUGUUCUUCCAGAUUAAUGGGAAUAGCAGAAAAGGCCGACGCAGAUUCAGGGUUCAAUCCGUCUGGUAAGUGCACGAAUGCAUGA